AACUUUCCAUUCUUAAUUUUGGUCUAAUUUAUUAUAUUUGUGAUUGCAGGACAUCCACAGUUCCAGAAAGAGGGUGCUGUUGAUGAUAUGGCCUACUAUCCGCCCACCCAGCCGCAACCUGCACAGGGCUAUGCCCCGCCCCAGUACAACGCAUCACCCCCUUCAGUCACGGCCGUCCAGGCAGUCCCGCCUCAGCCUCAGACCAUCAUAUCCACUUCCCAUGUCAUGCCUCAAGAUUACUUCGGAUUGGCGCUCUUUGUGACCCUCUGUUGCUGCCUGCCCCUCGGCAUUGUGGGAUUGAUCAGGUCCAAUGACGUGCGCAACCGUUUCCUUGCCGGGGACAUCGCCGGCGCGGAGCAAGCCUCCAGGGAAGCCAAGAUCUACUCUUAUGUGGGGCUUCGCAUCGGCAUCAUUUUGAUUGUCUCAACCGUUGUUACUGUCAUUAUGAACUUAGGGACGGUGAACAGAAAUAUUAGGAGUUGA